UAUCACAUAAAAUUAUGUCUAAAUUUCGGGGGUUUGUCUCAUUGUUUUAAACUGCUCUUCUAUUUGCUUUAUUAGGCGAUAAACACUAAGAGAUCGAUGAAGUCAGGAAGAAAGCAGCUGGAGAAGAUGGGCUAAUUUUGUUGUAAUUUAGUCACUAUGCUUCCUAUUUUAUGGUAAAUAUUUUCAGGCAUGGACAAAAUUUUCUUGGGGAGUUACAAUGGAUGAGAAGAAUCCAAAGUCAAGCUCUGGGAGAUUUAGGAAAUGGUUCAAAAGGAAGCACAAAAAGAAACAACCUCAUCCUUGUUACAACCAGGAUGAAUUUUCAGAUGGAGGUAAUGCUUUCAUGGAAGAUGUUUAUGUUAGUUCGUUUGAUAUGGAUCCAUGCACUUCAACCAAUGAGUUAAGGAUUUUCGUGGGAACUUGGAAUGUUGCUGGAAGAUCUCCUGUAGGAAGUUUGACAGUUGAUUUAGAAGAGUGGCUGAAACCCCAAGAUGCUGUUGAUAUCUAUGUUCUAGGAUUUCAAGAGAUUGUCCCGCUUAAAACUCGAACAGUGAUCGGAGCAAAAGAUCCAAAAAAAGCAACAAAUUGGAACCUGCUAAUAGGAAAAGCACUAAAUGAAAGCUUCGGUCGCCCUUGGUUGACUCCCAUGUUGAAUCCAAUCUCAAGUGACACUUACCAUUAUGUGGAAAUUCCUGUUUCAGAAAAAAGAGCAAGUUUUAGUGCAAUAAGUGACAAUACCCCAAUGAGAGGGAGGACAAUAACUCAACAGCGACAUCAUCAGCAACCGGUCAUUGGAGGCAGCAAGUACAAGCUAAUGGCAAGCAAGAAGAUGGUUGGAGUUUUCAUAAGUGUAUGGAUGAAGAAGGAAUUGUUGAAGAAAUUCUGUGUUUCAAAUGUCAAAGUUAGUUCAGUGGCUUGUGGGAUCAUGGGGUAUUUGGGAAACAAAGGUUCAGUAUCGGUUAGCAUGCUAAUUGAAGGGACCAGCUUCUGUUUUGUUGCUGCUCAUUUGGCUUCUGGUGAAAAGCAAGGCGAUGAAGGUAGAAGGAAUCAUCAGGUUUCAGAGAUUUUUAAGCGAACUACCUUUCCUCGAUCAGCCAAAGAUGAUGAUAAUCUUCAUCCGCUCACCAUCUUAGGACAUGAUAGGAUAUUCUGGUUCGGAGAUCUCAACUAUAGGUUAUACAACUUGGAAGACAAUUUAGCUAGGAAUUUGAUAAAGAAGCAAAACUGGAAAGCACUGCAAGAGUUUGAUCAGCUUAGAAGGGAACAAGAAGAUGGAGUGUUCCAGGGUUGGACAGAGGGAAACAUCGAAUUUGCACCAACUUAUAAAUACUCUUCAUCGAAUUGCAAUCGCUACUGUGGUGGCCUUCCCAGCAGAUCAGGAGAGAAACAAAGGACUCCAGCAUGGUGUGAUAGAAUUCUGUGGUACGGGAAAGGAGUGAAAAUCCUAUCCUAUUUAAGAAGUGAAAUUAAGUUUUCCGAUCAUCGACCGGUCUCCGCCCUAUUCUCAACACAUAUUGAAGUCAUGAAGUCUACAAAUCCAAGAUUUUCAGCCAAGGAUACCAUUGUUCCUAACAUCAUGCCUCCAGAACUGAUUGGGACGAGCAGAAACAAUGAAGAGGGUAAACCUACGUUGCUGUCUUUAAUUGUAAAGGAUACAGAAGCAUCAUCAAUACACAUAAAAAAAGAGUAGAUAAACCUAAUGAGAGCGGAUUCAGCUAAUUUAUUUGACUUUAAGAAGGCACUAUUAUUUCAUAA